GCAAAGUAAUGCUCCCAAUUGGGAAAUAGCCUCUGCUGCCCCGCGCGAGGAGGAACAGCGCUUGGUAUUUAUUAUUGGCAGGGCUCCAGGAUGAGUCGUCGCAUUCGAUUUGGUGGCAAGAAUCUGAAGGAAACCCCUCGCUGACGUGCUCAGCAAGACGCUUCCCAUCAAUUUUCGGAGAAAAAGGGCGAUUGACAGCCAACUAUUCGAAGCCAUUUAAUUACGAAACAGCCACAAUGUCGACAGCGGUUGCCUCGUUAUUCUCCCUCAGCGGCAAGACCGCCAUCGUGACAGGAGGAACCAGGGGCAUUGGGCAGGCCAUGGCCUUUGCCCUUGCAGAAGCUGGUGCCGAUAUCAUCUUGAUUCAGAGGGAUGACUCGAACACCUUGACUCGCGAUGAGAUCGUCAAUCGCAUUGGCAAGAAAGCUUGGAUCCACGUGGCAGAGCUGUCAAAUCGGGAAUCGAUCAAGAGCAUCAUUCCAGCCCUGACCAGUCAAGGCCUGAAGCCAGAGAUCCUGCUCAACUGCGCCGGUAUCCAACGGAGACACCCGAGCGAGAAGUUUCCGGAUGAAGCUUGGGACGAGGUCAUCCAAGUUAACUUGACGUCCGUCUUUACGUUAUGUCGAGAGUUCGGCGCAUACUUGUUAGCGCGGGAUGAGUCGGAAUUCCCUACUGGUCGCCGAGGAUCUAUCAUCAAUGUCGCAUCGCUCCUUACCUUCCAAGGUGGUAUCACGGUGCCCGCAUAUGCAGCAUCCAAAGGAGGUGUUGGGCAACUGACCAAAGCUCUCUCUAACGAAUGGGUGGCAAAGGGGAUCAACGUCAACGCAAUUGCCCCCGGAUACAUCGCCACAGACAUGAACACUGCUCUGAUCAAUGAUGCCAACCGCAAUGCUGGUAUCAUGGCUAGAAUCCCCGCUGGCAGAUGGGGCAAACCAGAGGACUUCAAGGGUGUGAUAGUGUUCUUGGCAAGCCAAGCGAGCAGCUAUGUCUCAGGGGAAGUCAUUUGCGUGGACGGCGGUUGGAUGGGACGGUAAAAAGCAUUAUGCCAAUGAUUUGAUGAUUUCUUUUCGUCCUCUUCCGCAUGCAUUUUCUUUAUUUGUAUGCCCUUUUCAUGUUUGGAGCCCUAUUGAAAGUCAUAGAUGGAAUGUACAGUGAUGAUCCUGAGACAUCUGCUUCACACCAUAUAGUAAGUUAGCGUUUCGCGGU